AUGACUACUACCACCUCCUUUCCAAUUCUCCAUCUACCUGCAAAGUCUCUAAAACAUUCAAUUUGCUGUCUGACUCCAGAGGAAAUAAUUAAGUUCUCUCUGAUAUCAAAGUCUACAAAAUGAGCUGCUCAAUCGUUGAACCUCCAAAAACGCAUUUAUGCAAUUAAAAUUGACGAAAUUGUUAGCUUAAAUGUGGAGUGUAACUUAAUCAAAUGGAAUCCUUCGGAAGUCGAUUUAAGAACUCUUAUAGAUCACACUCGAUGUGUGUUUCACACGAAUGAAGUCUGUCUUUUAAUUAUUAAAAGUGACAAUCACGACUGGAAAUCUAUACAUAAAGCUCUUGACGGCUUGAGCUGCUCUAGGACAUCUCUGGAAGUCCAGUCCCAGAACAUCUGGCUCCAGAGAAUUGUUAAUCAAUUUUCCAGAUUUCGUCUCAAUUUGGGUCUAGCGAAAUUCACUUAGUUUCAUCCAAUCUUGAGUUCACACCGAACUCACUUGCAUAUUCUCGUUUACUCCACAGAUUUUUCCUGUUUAAACUGUGAGAACUUGACUGUAUGUCAAAACAUGAGUUCAAGGGAUCUAAAUUUAUUUUUUAAACAUUGGAUGAGAGGAGAGUAUAAGUCUCUUAAAAGCCUACGCUGCCAUGUGGGACCUGAAGCGAGUGCAGAUGAGAUUUUCAAAAAUGUGGAGUACCAGGAGACAGAGAUUGCCGAAACUCCACUAGACUGGCAUUGGGGACUCACGAAAGUCAGAAGAGACAUCUACCGAUUCGAUGGAACACGGGCGACUUUUGUUUCACUAUACAGAAAUGUAGAUAUAAAUGUCUUGAAGUGAU